CUCAUCACAAGAACGAGACUUGGCAAGCAACUGCUGAAUGAGGAAUGAUAAAUCAUAACAUAACUGAAUGAACAGGAGUAGAUGAGCAAAAUUCAGCCCCCGUUAUGGUGUGGAUACAUGGAGGAGGCUUCUUUUCAGGCGCCGGCUCUGUACCUGAACAACUUCCAAUACCCCUGGCAUUCUAUGGAGAAGUCAUUGUCGUAACUUUCAAUUACAGACUUGGAAUUCUGGGGUUCUUGCAUACAGGUGAGGGACUCGGAGGAAUUCCAGCCAAUCUUGGGUUAUUCGAUCAACUCGAAGCACUCAAGUGGGUUCAAGAAAACAUAGCAGCAUUUGGAGGCGAUCCAACACGCGUAACUAUAUUUGGAGAAAGUAUAGGAGGUGCAAGUGUAAAUGCUCACUUAAUAUCAACACUCAGUGCUGGACUUUUCCAACAUGCUAUUAUACAGAGUGGAAGUGCAUUGAUGAAAUUUGGUACAACUAAUGAUCUUAUCGACAACACAUUAAAGUUUGUUAAAGACGUCGGAUGUGGUAACAACAAUAUCAAGGAUCUUAUGGAUUGUUUGAGAGAAAAGCCUUGGCAAGAACUGAGGGAUGGAUAUCACAUCUCGUUUCCAGAGGAAGGUCAUGUACGGCUCUUCUCAGUUUUUGAUGGCCACUUUUUACAUGACACACCGCUAAAUCUGAUGAAAAAGGGACAUCUCAAUGUUGAUGAUGUCCUCUAUGGGGACAUGUUCAACGAAGGGAUCUGCUUCUUUCUGUUCAUCGGUAUCGCUACGAACGAGGAUACUCCGCCUCCUGUCAUAACUCUCGAGGAACUGAACAACCUACUUGCUUCGUAUUUCAAGAUCGACGACCCGUUCAUUCAAGAUAUGAUUGCAUUUGUUCACUCCGACUCGGAACAUUUGACAGGGAGAAAAACCAACUACUUUAAGGAGCUGACAGACGCUUUAUCUACCCUUAUCAGCUGCUCCGUCGUUUCGUUCUCAGAUCUGAUUUCACAAACGAAUAUAACUGCCUACCGCUAUGUCAUGACACACAUACCCUCACACUCAGCCGUUGGUCCUCUGAAAUGGGCAGGAGCAACUCAUAUAGAGGACAUCCCUUAUGUCUUUGGUAGUCCUCUACUGCGUGACAGAGAAGAAGGACCCAAGGGCAUGUCCGGAUUCUUCAAUGGGGCCGAGGAGGCCGGCUUGUCAAAACAGUUCAUGAGAUACUGGUCAAACUACGCCAAAACGGGGAAUCCCAAUUUAUCAUCUCUAGAUCCUGAGGUUGUCAACAAUCCGCUUGGUCUUGAAGAGUGGCAACCAUUUACACAUGAACAUCCAUACUAUAAGGAAUUAGAAUCUGGAUUCCCAACGAGAGAAGGUUCGUUGAAUGCCAAGAAGUGUCACUUUUGGACCAGUAUUUUACCCAAGAUGGUAGCCCAAUCACAUGAGCUUUCUAAGCUGAAGACAAUGUUAGCCGACCAAGUAGCUGGUCACGGUAGUGGUACCUGCAGCGGUGACUCUUGUCCAGAUCCAUGAUACAUCACAAGGAUUCAUUCAGUGGUGGUUUGUAGUCAGGCGUGCAUGGGGCCGGGCAAGAAUUCGGUAAAUUCGGUAAAUAUAAUUAUUACUUAUAAAAUCAUGUUAAAUGUACUUACAUUUUUCAGUUAACGCCUUAUUUAAA